UAUAUGCACAGGUAUUAUUUAUACGGAUAAUAAGUAGCUAUUGUAAGUGGAUUAUGAUAGCUAUUCUUCGUUCGUUCGUUCGUAAUUUAAGGUUUCUUUGAUUCGCGCGUAUGCCGAUUGGAUAAUGACAGGUUGGAAAGGAAAUAUAAAAAGCGACGUUUGAAGCGGGAACACGUUUAUUCUCGGAUUACGCGUGUUGGCGCGUGUCGAACAGGUUAGACAGAAAUGAUGGAAGGUAUACGAGGAGGACGAGCGACGAAACGAGCGAUGAAAAGGGGAACGUUAAUAUUCGGGUCAGUCAGCGGGACGAGUUGCGUUACUCUACAGAGUCGGUGGCAAGGCUAUUGUGUAGGGUGUACGAGUGAUAUAAUCGUUCGGAAUACUCGAACGCGGGUAUAGUAUAGAAUCGCAUGGAAUAGCGAAGGAUAGCGGUCGGUCGUAAAAUGGUACACGAGCAGUCGCAUGGAGCAUCGAUGGGAUUCGAGUGUUCGGAAAGCAAAAUCGUUUUCCUCAAGAAAUAUCGAAAAAAUUGGACGAGUAUUGGAACUCAUACAAGGCCCGUUACAAUAAAAGUUACUCCGGAGAUCUCGAAUCUAGUCGAAGAAUGACUUGGGAAGAAAAUUUAAUAACGAUCUAUAAACAUAAUAUGAUGGCAGCUGCAGGCCACCACAGUUAUACAUUGAAAGACAAUCAUAUUGCCGAUCUUGGAACUAGACAAUACAUUCGAGAUAUGGUGAAAUUGAUUCCAAGUCGGAAGCGACGUAUAUCGAAAGAAACAUUGGUUGGUGUAAGUUUAUCCGAUCACCAACGAGAUAUUCCACGAGAGCUCGAUUGGCGCGAGAGUGGAUUUAAGACACGAGCAGAAAAUCAAAGGGAUUGCGGAAGUUGUUACGCGUAUUCCAUAGCUGGCAGCAUCGAAGGACAAAUCUUUAAAAAAACAGGCAUGUUGCUUCCAUUGAGCGAACAACAAUUAGUCGAUUGCAGUACAUCCACGGGUAAUUUAGGAUGUUCCGGAGGAUCUUUGAGAAACACGUUGAGAUAUCUUGAAAAAGCAAAAGGUUUAAUGGCUAAGAAAUAUUAUCCGUACAAGGCGAAACAAGGUCCGUGUCGUUUUAACGAAGAUUUGAGCGUAGUUAACAUAACCUCUUGGGCAGUGUUACCGGCACGUGACGAGAAAGUUUUGGAAGCUGCAGUAGCGACCAUAGGUCCAAUAGCUGCCUCGAUAAAUGCCAGCCCAAAAACGUUUCAACUUUAUCACAAAGGAAUCUACGACGACGAGGUUUGUAGUUCGGACAUGGUGAAUCACGCUAUGUUGAUCGUUGGAUACACGCCAACCGAAUGGAUCUUGAAGAAUUGGUGGGGCGAUGGUUGGGGAGAAAAUGGAUACAUGCGUUUGGCAAAGAACAAAAAUCGAUGUGGCGUUGCGAAUUAUGCGGCGUAUGCGAAAGUUUAACUUUUCUCUACAAACGGAAGAA